UGACUGGCCUGUGCAGCCAUGACAGACUGAACGGGGACCUGAACGGAGGCAGAGGCUCUGCAGAUGUGGAUGUCAAGGCCCAGAGAAGGGGAGCAGCUCGCCUAGGGACACCCAUCAGGAGAGGUGGAGCAAGGUCUCUAGGCUAAGACCCCAGUCCCUACAGCUGGUGUUUGUGCCAAGCCCCCAGGCUGCUCCCCAGAUCCGCUGGGGUAGCCCUGCUGCCCACCAGCCAGGAUCAUGGGCAGCAACAAGAGCAAGCCCAAAGAUGCCAGCCAGAGGCGCCGCAGCCUGGAGCCCGCCGAGAACGUGCACGGGUCAGGGGGAGCCUUCCCGGCUUCGCAGACACCGAGCAAGCCCGCCUCCGCCGACGGCCACCGAGGGCCCAGCGCCGCCUUUGGGGCCACCACGGCCGCAGAGUCCAAGCUCUUCGGAGGCUUCAACUCCUCGGACACGGUCACCUCUCCGCAGAGGGCCGGGCCUCUGGCAGGUGGGGUGACCACCUUUGUGGCCCUCUAUGACUAUGAGUCAAGGACAGAGACUGACCUGUCCUUCAAGAAAGGAGAGCGGCUGCAGAUUGUCAACAACACGAGGAAGGUGGAUGUCAGCCAGACCUGGUUCACAUUCAGAUGGCUGCAAAGAGAGGGAGACUGGUGGCUGGCACACUCGCUGAGCACGGGACAGACCGGUUACAUCCCCAGCAACUAUGUGGCACCCUCGGACUCCAUCCAGGCUGAGGAGUGGUACUUUGGCAAGAUCACUAGGCGGGAGUCUGAGCGGCUACUGCUCAAUGCCGAGAACCCAAGAGGGACCUUCCUUGUGAGGGAGAGUGAGACCACAAAAGGUGCCUACUGCCUCUCUGUAUCCGACUUCGACAAUGCAAAGGGCCUCAAUGUGAAACACUACAAGAUCCGCAAACUGGACAGCGGAGGCUUCUACAUCACCUCCCGCACCCAGUUCAACAGCCUGCAGCAGCUAGUGGCCUACUACUCCAAACAUGCUGAUGGCCUGUGCCACCGCCUCACUACCGUGUGCCCCACGUCCAAGCCUCAGACCCAGGGCCUGGCCAAGGAUGCCUGGGAGAUCCCCCGGGAGUCCCUGCGUCUGGAGGUCAAGUUGGGCCAGGGCUGCUUCGGAGAGGUGUGGAUGGGGACCUGGAAUGGCACCACAAGGGUCGCCAUCAAAACCCUGAAGCCAGGCACCAUGUCUCCAGAGGCCUUCUUGCAGGAGGCCCAAGUCAUGAAGAAACUGAGGCAUGAGAAACUGGUGCAGCUGUAUGCCGUGGUGUCCGAGGAACCCAUUUACAUCGUGACAGAGUACAUGAGCAAGGGGAGUCUGCUGGACUUUCUCAAGGGGGAAACGGGCAAAUACCUGCGGCUACCCCAGCUGGUGGACAUGGCUGCUCAGAUCGCUUCCGGUAUGGCCUAUGUGGAGCGGAUGAACUACGUGCACCGGGAUCUCCGAGCCGCCAAUAUCCUGGUUGGGGAGAAUCUGGUGUGUAAGGUGGCUGACUUUGGUCUGGCCCGGCUCAUAGAAGACAAUGAAUACACAGCCCGGCAAGGUGCCAAAUUCCCCAUCAAGUGGACUGCUCCCGAAGCUGCUCUGUAUGGCAGGUUCACCAUCAAGUCUGAUGUGUGGUCCUUUGGGAUCCUGCUGACUGAGCUCACCACUAAGGGACGGGUGCCCUACCCUGGGAUGGUGAACCGUGAGGUGCUGGACCAGGUGGAGCGGGGCUACCGGAUGCCUUGUCCCCCCGAGUGCCCUGAGUCCCUGCAUGACCUCAUGUGCCAGUGCUGGCGGAAGGAGCCUGAGGAGCGACCCACCUUCGAGUACCUGCAGGCCUUCCUGGAGGACUACUUCACCUCUACCGAGCCGCAGUACCAGCCCGGGGAGAACCUAUAGGAACUGUGUGCACAGGACUGUCGCCCUCGGCUUCUGGGUGUGGCCUCUGAUGCACCUGCCUCCCUUCACCCUGUCUGUGGGGCUGAGUUGCCUCAUGCCCUCUGGGGCAUGGAAGGGCUUCAGGGACUGGGGCAGCCUGGAAGGACAGGUUGAGGCUGGUACGGUGACUGUCGCAUAGCCUGCUCUGGCCACAGGGCCCACUCUGUAUUCUCUCUGGAGUCAACCUACUUCUCGCAUUAGACAGUGGGUGAAGAGCAGGACUAGGGGCAGUUUUCCAACCUCAGCCCACCCCACUCACCUGGUUCCUCCCCGCUUUCUUCACCCUGGGUCUGUUUCAAGUUGGCCAAAGAGCCUUUCCAAAGAAUGAGGCACAGCCCUUGGCCUACACACACUUCCUGUCCCUGGCCGUCCUUGUUGGAGGCUUCUGGGUAGAACACUGGGUCUGGAACCAUCUUCCAUGGCUCUCAGGCUAGACAGCCCAAGGCCCAACAUACGGUGGGAUGAGAGUCAGAGUGAGCACUCCUUCAGCCCUGUCCUCCGCAUGGGACCCUUGGCGAUCACCAGCGCAUCGCCCUCAUGUCUCUGUUGGGAAAAGUGAAUCCAGGAGGGGCUGUGACUCGCCCAGGACCACGGGCAGUUCAGGGUUGAGGUGGGUCAGCACCUGGUGCUCCCUCUGUCUUCCUCAGGAACUAAUGAAAACUGUCCUUAAAGACAAUGGACAGGCUGGGGUCUGAGAAUGGGUUAAAGGUGGCAGAAUUCUGGUGCCAUUGAUGCUCAUGGGUCUGCCGAGGGGGAAGAAUCGAGGCAAGCAUGACGCUGAGCCAGGAACGAAGGGCCGAAAGGAUGGUGUGGACCAGGCUCAGUCACAAUGGGGGUGGGUUCUGAGCUCCCAGACUGCAGAGGCAAUCAAGUAGAGUUGGAAGAACUAAGAAGUUGGGAGCCCUAGUUCUCCUUUUGUCCCAAUCAUUUCAACAGCUGCCUCCUACUCUCAGCCCUUAGCUCAUGGGGAGGGAGCAGAGUUCCUUGGCCAGGGAAAGGAUGGCAAGAAUCCUCACUGCUGUGUUCCAACUCUGGCCCUGCCCUCCCUCUGAGCUGCAGUUUCUGCCCCCUGUGGCUGUGGCCCCUGCCAUUGCUCAGCUGCUGUGUAGACCACAGCUGGGCAUCUGAAGAGAGCACAGCCCAGGAGCGCAGCAGACUGCUCGCUCCCUGACUCUUCUGCCCAGCCUUGGGGUAUGUGGUGGCUUCUCUCUGCGUCAGUGUCCCCGUCUGUAAGGUGGGUAGUUGAUGACUUGUGGCGUCUCAACUGAGGGCCCCUGUGUGUAUGUGUGUGUAUACAUGUGCCUGUGUGUCUUCCUUUGUGUCCAUAUUUAACAUGUAAAAACACCCUACUCUCUCCCCAGAUAUGACCAUUUCACCCACUGCCCCAUCACAGCAAUAAUGUCCCCACUGUCGGGGCUUUGAGCCAGCCAGGCCCUGCUUGUAGGGAAGAGGCCAAGCUUGGCCUGCCCUGACAUUUCCACUUUCCUCCCAUCGUCUCUUACCCAAGUUUUCCCAUCCACCUGGCAAGUCUGAACUUACCACCCCAUCCUCCCUACCCCACUCCAGCUGCCCAAGGACCUUUGUAUAUGGUGGCCUCAACUGUCCUGUUUUCUUUCUCUCUCUCUCUCUUUUUUUUUUAACAGUGUUUUGUAGAUUUCAGAUGACUAUGCAGAGGCCUUGGGGACCCCCCCCAGCUCUGGGCAGGGCCUGGGGAUCCCACAUUCCAUGGCCCAGGCUCAGGAGGAGGGGGAUCCAGAACUGGUUGUACAUACUUUGCAUACUGUCUGAUUAAACACAAACAGACCUCA